AUGUCACCAAGGAGUGACCUCGAAGAAGAAGAAGAAACAAGCCGUUUGCUCAGAAAACACUUCUAUGAUGGCAACAAAAUUGUACUACCACUUUCCAAAAGUGCCACUCUUCAGUUGUUAAAUCAUUGGGUUCAGCAAGCAGCUAGUGGCUUUAUGGCAGCUUUUGCCAGCAAAAGGAUGAAAAGAUUUAACACUCGAAAUGGCGAACAAUUUCAUUAUUGUUCUAAGGAAGCAAAUUCGAUUACUAAGCAUGCAAAAUGUGUUGUGGAUCUAUUGAUGCUGGAAAAAACGCAAAUCAAAAUCCGUAAAUCUGGAAAUGCAAAACGGAAGUACGAAAUGCUAAAAUACCUUCCGACCUGGAAAAUUACACUGCGCAAACCAGAUGCCAGAAUUGACCGGAAUCGGAAAUAUAUGCCGAAGUCCGACUACUGGAUAGGCAAAUUCCGCAUAUUUCGACAUAAACGAGCUGCAGAAACAGCGAAAUGGAAAAUAAAAAGAGUUAACAAAGAUUCAUAUCGGUUGCUAACUGAUAAAGAUACAAAGACACCUUUUGGAAUGAUUAUAAAUGGGUUGAAAAAAACUCUUCAAAAAUUGAAGCGCCAAGAAACUUCUAAACCAUGGUCGGCAACAUUAGCUGACAUACGACAUUUAGUUAUGCAAACGAAGGAACGAGAGGAAUUAUUGAAGAUGUUUGGGAUUAAAGCCCAAAAUAAUGGUAUCAAUUUAAGUAACUUUAAAAAAGUAUUGAUUGAUCCGAGAAAGGUAAAGAUAUCACGAGACAAUCGAAUGCAGUUAGCUGCAUCACUUUCAAAACUGCUUCGUGACGCUACUACACUGCUUGCAGUCACAAUGUCAAAUCAAAGCAUUUCAAAUUUGCAUAAUAAAACAAUCCGAAUAGCAUCACCCAGAUUUUUUUCAAUUUUGCCAGAUGACGACACACAAAAUACAAUGAAUUUACUUUCACCAUCAAUUUUAAGUCUGCAUAAUGAUGGCGGAAGUAUGGAACGCAAACUGAGUAUAUCAGGUUUGCUUGGUGCAUUCAAAUUGAUAAAUGAACAAGAUCAAAAUGCACUGCUCGAACUGAUCUCCGAAGCUUCUGGACUUACUGAAACUAUACAACAAAUUCAUAAAAAACUUGAAAUGGAAAAUGACAAUAUGCGCCACGGCAAAGGUAUCGAUGGACAACCCCUGUAUUUCACGAAACAAAACGUCAGCGAGUUGUACGGCAAAAUAGAAAGCGAUAAAAUCGAUACAUUUGAGAAACUCUACAAGACAUUAAGCAAACCACAAAUUGGAGAAAUGAAUGCUACUGGUUACGCAGUACUAAGCAAAAGACAGCUAAGACUCAUUUAUGGUCAGCGAUCACCGUAUUACCAUCCAGUUGCGCUGAAGAGACUGUCGAAGUUGCUGGAUCAAAAUGACGGAAUACAGAAAUCGCUUGAAAGUGAACUGAAGAAAUUAGCAAAAUCUGAAAAAUUUGGCUUACAAAAAGAAGAAUUACACCGAAGACAAAAGCGCUUCGGUAUUUCCCUUUCACCCUUCCUGCUGUCACCAUUUAUACUAGCAUCGGGAGCUCUGUCACAGCCAGUCCUUCUUUCUCCAGUAAUCUUGUCACCCAUAGUCUUGAGUCCAGCGAUUCUCGGACCCUUCAUCCUAAGCCCUUGGAUAUUCAACCCAGUGAUCUUAUCACCUCGAAUUCUUGCUCCUUUCAUCCUCAAUCCUUUCAUUUUCUCUCCUCUAGUGCUAUCACCCGUUGCACUACAUCCAUUCAUCCUUUCCCCCGGCAUAUUCAAUCCGCUAAUUCUAUCACCGCUGUCUUUGUCACCCUUUAUACUUUCACCUCAGGUGGCAACGCCACUGAUACUAUCACCGAUGAUACUAAACCCGCUGAUACUGAAUCCAAUGGCUUUGUCACCACUCGUUUUCAGUCCCUUCAUUCUAUCCCCACUUGUGUAUUCACCUCAAUAUCUGUUCGCUCUCGUCUUCAGCCCUUAUCUGCUCUCGCCAAUAAUUGAAAGCAAAUUGAUUAAUAGCACGGUUAUUAUGUCACCAAGUAUUUUAAGUUAG